GGGUUUCUCUUUCACUUUGACUUGCCCUAGGGAUGGGCUGUGACACUUUACUUUUUUUCUUUUUUCUUUUUUUUCGGUCUUUUCUCCUUGCUCAGCUUCAAUGUGUUCCGGAGUAGGGACGGGGUGGCUGAACCUCGCAGGUGGCAGAGAGGCUCCCCUGGGGCUGUGGGGCUCUACGUGGAUCCGAUGGGGCCGCUGGUGACCUGGGUGGUCCCCCUCCUCUUCCUCUUCCUGCUGUCCAGGCAGGGUGCUGCCUGCAGAACCAGUGAGUGCUGUUUUCAGGACCCGCCAUAUCCGGAUGCAGACUCAGGCUCGGCCUCGGGCCCUAGGGACCUGAGAUGCUAUCGGAUAUCCAGUGAUCGUUACGAGUGCUCCUGGCAGUAUGAGGGUCCCACAGCUGGGGUCAGCCACUUCCUGCGGUGUUGCCUUAGCUCCGGGCGCUGCUGCUACUUCGCCGCCGGCUCAGCCACCAGGCUGCAGUUCUCCGACCAGGCUGGGGUGUCUGUGCUGUACACUGUCACACUCUGGGUGGAAUCCUGGGCCAGGAACCAGACAGAGAAGUCUCCUGAGGUGACCCUGCAGCUCUACAACUCAGUUAAAUAUGAGCCUCCUCUGGGAGACAUCAAGGUGUCCAAGUUGGCCGGGCAGCUGCGUAUGGAGUGGGAGACCCCGGAUAACCAGGUUGGUGCUGAGGUGCAGUUCCGGCACCGGACACCCAGCAGCCCAUGGAAGUUGGGCGACUGCGGACCUCAGGAUGAUGAUACUGAGUCCUGCCUCUGCCCCCUGGAGAUGAAUGUGGCCCAGGAAUUCCAGCUCCGACGACGGCGGCUGGGGAGCCAAGGAAGUUCCUGGAGCAAAUGGAGCAGCCCCGUGUGUGUUCCCCCUGAAAACCCCCCACAGCCUCAGGUGAGAUUCUCGGUGGAGCAGCUGGGCCAGGAUGGGAGGAGGCGGCUGACCCUGAAAGAGCAGCCAACCCAGCUGGAGCUUCCAGAAGGCUGUCAAGGGCUGGCGCCUGGCACGGAGGUCACUUACCGACUGCAGCUCCACAUGCUGUCCUGCCCGUGUAAGGCCAAGGCCACCAGGACCCUGCACCUGGGGAAGAUGCCCUAUCUCUCGGGUGCUGCCUACAACGUGGCUGUCAUCUCCUCGAACCAAUUUGGUCCUGGCCUGAACCAGACGUGGCACAUUCCUGCCGACAGCCACACAGAACCAGUGGCUCUGAAUAUCAGCGUCGGAACCAACGGGACCACCAUGUAUUGGCCAGCCCGGGCUCAGAGCACGACGUAUUGCAUUGAAUGGCAGCCCGUGGGCCAGGACGGGGGCCUUGCCACCUGCAACCUGACUGCACCGCAAGACCCGGAUCCGGCUGGAAUGGCAACCUACAGCUGGAGUCGAGAGUCUGGGGCAAUGGGGCAGGAAAAGUGUUACUACAUUACCAUCUUUGCCUCUGCGCACCCCGAGAAGCUCACCUUGUGGUCUACGGUCCUGUCCACCUACCACUUUGGGGGCAAUGCCUCAGCGGCUGGGACACCGCACCACGUCUCGGUGAAGAAUCAUAGCUUGGACUCUGUGUCUGUGGACUGGGCACCAUCCCUGCUGAGCACCUGUCCCGGCGUCCUAAAGGAGUAUGUUGUCCGCUGCCGAGAUGAAGACAGCAAACAGGUGUCAGAGCAUCCCGUGCAGCCCACAGAGACCCAAGUUACCCUCAGUGGCCUGCGGGCUGGUGUAGCCUACACGGUGCAGGUGCGAGCAGACACAGCGUGGCUGAGGGGUGUCUGGAGCCAGCCCCAGCGCUUCAGCAUUGAAGUGCAGGUUUCUGAUUGGCUCAUCUUCUUCGCCUCCCUGGGGAGCUUCCUGAGCAUCCUUCUCGUGGGUGUCCUUGGCUACCUUGGCCUGAACAGGGCCGCACGGCACCUGUGCCCGCCGCUGCCCACACCCUGUGCCAGCUCCGCCAUUGAGUUCCCUGGAGGGAAGGAGACUUGGCAGUGGAUCAACCCAGUGGACUUCCAGGAAGAGGCAUCCCUGCAGGAGGCCCUGGUGGUAGAGAUGUCCUGGGACAAAGGCGAGAGGACUGAGCCUAUCGAGAAGACAGAGCUACCUGAGGGUGCCCCUGAGCUGGCCCUGGAUACAGAGUUGUCCUUGGAGGAUGGAGACAGGUGCAAGGCCAAGACACGAAGAGCGACUAUCUCAAUCACAACGGCUGGUUAUUAAGCACUUAUGGCAUACCCAGCCCAUUCCAUCCACUCACAUGAUUCCCUACCAAAUCCCUACAACCACCCCCUGAAAGGAACCAUGACUGUUGUACUUUACAGAUGUGAUCGUUGAGGCUCAGAGAGGGUGAGUGACUCGCCUGAGGCUAUGUAGCACACACAGCAGUCACAUUUGGACCCAAAUAACCCAGAGCUCCUCCAGGCUCCAGUGCACCUGCCUCCUCUCUGCCCCGCGCCUGUUGCCACCCAUCCUGCGGGGGGAACCCUAGAUGCUGCCAUGAAAUGGAAGCUGCUGCACCCUGCUGGGCCUGGCAUCCGUGGGGCAGGAGCAGACCCUGCCAUUUACCUGUUCUGGCAUAGAAUGGACUGGGAAUGGGGGCAAGGGGGGCUCAGAUGGAUCCCUGGACCCUGGGCUGGGCAUCCACCCCCAGGAGCACUGGAUGGGGAGUCUGGACUCAAGGGCUCCCUGCAGCAUUGCGGGGUCUUGUAGCUUGGAGGAUCCAGGCAUAUAGGGAAGGGGGCUGUAAACAUUGUGGGAAAAAUGACGGUCCUCCCAUCCCACCCCCCACCCCACCCUCACCCCCCUAUAAAAUGGGGGUGGUGAUAAUGACCUUACACAGCUGUUCAAAAUCAUCGUAAAUGAGCCUCCUCUUGGGUAUUUUUUUCCUGUUUGAAGCUUGAAUGUCCUGCUCAAAAUCUCAAAACACGAGCCUUGGAAUUCA